CAAACGUCAAGGGACAAGCGACCAGACAACAUCUCGCAAGCGUGCUCACGGCGAUGAGCUCGUCGCAUACAUAUGAUAGCUAUGGGUAGCCAGUCAAGACUGUUAUAUCUCCUCAUUGCGCUCUGCACAGUCGUUGCUCUCGUGUCCGCAGCCUCACCGACGUCUUUUUGCAAAUGCACCUGCUUCACCAAUAGCACGAUCAUCGCUCUGAAUAGUCCCACAAGCGUAGAAUCAGAACGUGGUCUGCUUGCACGUGAGAAUAUCGAAACGAGAAAGAGCAAAAGAACAUGCAACGACUGUAAUCGACAGUUCUGCUUAGGCUACAACUUGCCUAUAUGUAAGGGUGCAACAGAGGAGGAUGUAUUCACAACCUGUUUUCAAAGAGACUCGGCGAAAGACCAGGCAGUCGUCUUCAUAUUCAUAAUAGCCACGGCUGGAUUACUCGCCUACGCAGCGAUAAGACCUUGGAUCGAUAAAUGGGUGCAGAACGCGCGCGAUAGACAGGCUUAUAUGCCCGUGUCGAACCAAGGCGACCAGUAGCGCACCAAACAUUGCAUGACAACAGAGGCAAGUUGGAGUUCCGGAGCGAUUGGUGACACUUUCGUCAAUUAUGUAUUUGAAUUGGAAAGGUCUAGCUUUGGGAGAAACGCCGCUCCGCAUGGACAAUGUACAAAUCUUCGAAACCAUAAUAUACAAAUUAGAAUCGCCUUCAUCGUC